GGCUGAUGUGGUAGGCGUGUGGUUUCACAGCUUCAAAAACGGACAGAGAGCCCUUCACUUCCUGUUCUCAGUCGCUCCUUGAGGCUCUUCAGACGCUUCGACGUUUCUGACUGCCGACAAAGGGAGCGAACAAAGCCGUUCCUUCGCUGCCUCCUCUGCUGGAAUGACGUUUGCACACAUGAACGUUUGUUACAUCCUGGAUGGGGUUCUGAUCCUGUACGGCAUCAUUCUCACCAUCUUGUACUGCAGGCUGAGGAUGCGUCCCUCCAACAAAGCUUCUUCCAGUCACCCUGAGCAGCCCACAAGUGGAGGCAUCUAUGAGGGUCUGACAUCCCGCACUGCUGACACCUACGAGACUAUCAAAAUGGACAAAAAGACCAUCGUGUGACCUGCAUAAGGAUGCUGAGCAGAAAAAUGUAGCUUUAUACUCUCAUUAUAUUAACUUUUUUUCCCUGUUUUCCUUUUGUAAAAUAUUUUUCCUUUAUUUUGUUUCUACACAAAAUGAUAAAACCUAUAAAUUUAACAAGUUACCAAUAAAGCAGUGUCAGUGUU